AUGGGCCAGGCGGCGUGCUGCAGCGAGUGCAGCCAGCGGGCGCCCGGGCCCGCCGGCGGCCCCAGCGCCAGCGCGCCCGCGGAGGGCGAGGCGCGCUCGCCUGCCCCGGGGCGCGGGCGGAGCCCGGGCCAGCACGACGCGUGGUGCGUGCCCGAGGAGAGUGACAAGCUCAACACCACGCUGGCGCUCGCGAGCGGCAGCUCCAAGCCGUAUCCUCAUGUGGCCGCCAGGAAAGCACCUGGCAAGCUGGAUGCCAUUGACGAGGGGUACACCGUCGAGCCCGGGAGCUGGCACCACGCCCUCGAGGAGCCGGGCUCCUCCACGAAGGCCCCUUUGAGACGCUGCACGCCGAGUGGCGCGAUGCCCACGCGGACCAGGAGUGCCGCCGAGCUGGAAUCGACGGCUGGAGAUCGUACACGCCGCAGGUGGUGCAGAUGUGGCAGGAGCCUGUGGAAGCCACGGCGCAGGCUCACCGCUGCAGCAUGUGCAAGUUCAUGCGCAGACGCAGCAAUACCAGCAAGUGAUGCGCAGGCCAUUCCUUAA